UUUCCCCUAGUCGAUCGUUCCAAAACCCUCCUAAAGCCCUCCCUCUCUCUCUUCCCCUCACCCCCCCCCUCUCUCUCUCUCUCUCUCUCUCUCUCUCUCUCUGUCUGCGAAACAUCGAUUGAUUGAGGGCCGAUAUUGGCGCGAUCAUGUCGAAGCCGGUACAGGCCGUGAAAGCUAGCAUGUCGAACCCGAAGGCCUGGGUGGUCAUCGGGCUAACAGUUGCGGGGAUCGUGAUCCUCGCGGAGACUCACCGGAGGAGGAGGAAAGGGAAGCGGAGAGCGAAUGCUAUCAGAGAGGACUUCGGGGCUUUUGUGGAGAAGUUCGAGCUGCUUCCCUUCCCGCAGCCGCCUCCCCCCGCUCUUAAACAGCCCCUCGCCGGUCUGAGUUUCGCCAUCAAAGACAUAUUUGAUGUGAAGGGAUAUGUGGCCGGGUUUGGGAGUUCUGGGUGGGCUGAAACGCAUGAGGCAGCUGGGAAGACGGCAGUUGUGGUGACAGCACUCUUGAAGAAUGGCGCCAAGUGCGUUGGCAAGACUGUCAUGGACGAAUUGGCUUUCGGGAUGACUGGAGAGAAUACUGAGUAUGGAACCCCUGUAAACCCGAAGAUGCCUUCGCAUAUCCCUGGGGGUUCUUCUAGUGGUUCAGCUGUUGCAGUUGCAGCUGAGCUAGUUGACUUUGCUCUUGGGACUGAUACGACUGGUUGUGUGAGAAUUCCGGCAUCAUUUUGUGGUAUCCUUGGAUACCGGCCAUCACAUGGAGCUGUUUCUACAGUUGGGGUUUUGCCAAAUUCACCAAGCUUAGAUACUGUUGGAUGGUUUGCCCGUGAUCCAUCAAUAUUUUGUCGAGUUGGGCAUGUCCUCCUCCAGCUGAAAACAAUAGAACCAAGAAGGACAAGAAGAAUUCUUUUUGCUGAUGAUCUUUUUCAGCUUUCUAAAGUUCCCGUGCCAAAGUUUAAAUAUAUUGUUACUAAAACUGUUGAGAAAUUAUCUGGAUAUCAGCCUCCAAAGCAUAUUAAUUUUGGCCAACAUAUUGCUUCAAGUGUACCCAGCCUUAAAGGAUUUAGAGAACAAUCAACUAGUCAUCAGAAUGGGAUAUCAGCUUUGAAAGCUCUGUCUUCUGCAAUGCUUUCAUUACAAAGAUGUGAAUUUAAAACCAAUUAUGAAGAUUGGGUGGAUUCAGUCAAACCUAGGUUCAGACCCCAUACUACUGCUUGUGUUCAGACAGCUAUCAGUACUUCAACUGAAAACAUCAAAACCUUGUAUAAAAUACGGAGUGAGAUGCGAGCAGCCCUUCAUGAUCUCUUGAAGGAAGAUGGAAUAUUAGUGAUUCCCACAAUUGCGGAUCCCCCGCUUGCCCUUAACAUGAAGAAAAGAUCAUUUGCUGAGUUUUAUGACAGAGCACUUACGCUACUAAGUAUUUCAAGCUUGUCUGGGUGCUGUCAGGCUACUAUUCCAUUGGGAAAUCACGAUGAUUUUCCCAUCUCUAUUUCAUUUAUUGCAUUUCAUGGGGCCGAUAAAUUUCUUCUUGAUACUGUCUCGGAUAUGUAUUCAUCUCUCCAAGAGCAAGCCAGCAUAGUUUCAAGUUCGUUGCCCUUACCUGAUACAAAUGGCGACAUGGAUGCUUCUGAACUAUUAAAGGAAAAGGGAAAUGCUGCAUAUAAGGGAAGACAGUGGAAUAAGGCGGUGAAUUAUUAUAGUGAAGCUAUUAAGUUAAAUGAGACAAAUGCAACUUACUACUGCAACCGAGCUGCUGCCUACUUGGAAUUGGGAUGCUUUCGCCAAGCUGAAGAGGAUUGCAGCAGAGCGAUCUCACUGGAUAAGAAGAAUGUGAAGGCAUAUCUGAGACGUGGAGCAGCUAGAGAGUCGCUCCUCUGUUACAAAGAGGCUCUUCAAGAUUUCAAGCAUGCUCUUGUUCUGGAGCCCCAGAACAAAUAUGCUAGCACUGCCGAGAAUCGACUCAGAAAAUUGUUGAGUUGAGAGGAAUUCAAGUUGUCAACACCCUUUGCCCAAGAUGAAUAUACCGAUGAACCACCGGCGGCUUUGCAGAUAUACCGCGGGUUCCCUGUUCACACCACCUUUUGGCCUUUGAGCUUUCUUGGGUUCCGAAUUGCUAAGGGAACGCAUCAGAGUAACUUACCCCUGUAACCUUCUCGUUACCUUCAAGUAUUGUUCUUUCCCGGUCGGUGUGUGCCGGGGGUCCCUGUCAUAAGCUUGGACAGAGCAAUUCUUUGUAACAUGACUCAUGAGGUAAAUCGAACGUGUAUCUAUCCAUUGUUGGCCCUCUUAUAUGAAAAAAAUGGAAGAGCUCUUCCCCGUGAUUGUGAACAUCCUGGCGAGUCAUAUCCGGCUUGCCAUUGGCAUCUUAUUAUGAUUGAUGGUGCGUUUAGUUUGUAAGUAACAUUUUAAAAUUAGAUUUUGAUUUUGAAAAAGAGUGGUAUAAAUGGUUAUGUA